CCUGCUACUCUCUCAGUCAUUGCAACUAAAAAGCUUGCAUUUCCAGAUAAUGCAUACGAUAUGAUUCAUUGUGCAAGAUGCAGGGUUCACUGGCACGCAGAUGGAGGAAAACCAUUGAUGGAGCUCAACAGGAUUCUUAGGCCAGGAGGGUACUUCAUAUGGUCUGCAACUCCAGUUUAUAAGAAGGAUGAAGGACAUAAGAAUGUCUGGAAAGUUAUGGUUAAUCUGACCGAAGCAAUGUGCUGGAAGAUGGUGGCAAAGACCUACUUUAAAAGAGCUAGAGUCGGGCUAGUUAUAUAUCAAAAGCCAGAUUCAUCUUCCUGCUAUGAGAAUCCUAAAGAAAAUAAUCCCCCUAUGUGCAACCAGAACCAUAGGCUGAAUAGUUCAUGGUACACGCCACUGGACAGCUGCCUUCUACCACUCGCCACAAGUAGCUACGAGUGGCCUGCACCCUGGCCCCAAAGGCUCAACAACAAACCUCUAAGUCUAUCCCUUGAAACAGACACUGAAGAAAUAUUCAAUGCGGAUACAAAACACUGGGCACUGGUUACAGAUGUGUACUUAGGGAGCCUUGGUAUAAAUUGGUCAAAUGUGAGGAAUGUGAUGGACAUGAAUGCAGGCUAUGGAGG